GAUGAAAUGAGAAUAUUUACCUAACCUCAAAUAGAUCAAGUCAAGAAUUUAUGUAACAUUUCAAUAUUUAUUUUCGUUAGCUUAAAUAUUCUAAUGAUAUCGUUAAAGAAUAUAGCACGCCUUUGGCAAAAGGGCCUAGUCCGAAACCUACAGACAUCCUCGGCUUUACAACAUGAUGCUUUAUUUGUACACCGUGAUACUGCGGAGGACAAUCCUGAUAUUAAAUUCGAAUUUUCGCCAGAAAAUUUGAAGAGAGUGGAUGCGAUUCUGGCGAUUUAUCCCGAAGGACAUAAAAGAGCAGCAAUGAUUCCAUUACUGGACUUGGCUCAACGCCAGUAUGGCUGGUUACCGCUGUCCGCGAUGCAUAAGGUGGCGGAAAUUCUGGAUUUACCUCGUAUGCGAGUUUACGAAGUCGCUACAUUUUAUACCAUGUUCAUCCGGAAACCGAUUGGCAAAUACCAUUUACAAGUGUGUACAACAACACCAUGUUGGUUACGGGGAUCAGACGACAUAUUGUCGACUAUUAAAAAUCACCUCAAAAUAAAUGUCGGGGACACAACUUGCGAUAAACUCUUUUCCUUGUCGGAAGUGGAGUGUUUGGGUGCUUGCGUUAAUGCACCCAUGGUUCAGAUAAACGACGAUUACUACGAGGACCUGACCUGUGAUGAUAUGAUCGAAAUACUCGACGAGCUGAAAGAUGGGAAGAGACCAAGAGCUGGUCCACGGAAUGGAAGAUAUGCAUCGGAACCGCUAGGCCAACCAACAUCUUUAACAAGCGAACCUCCCGGUCCAGGAUUUGGUAUUCGUAGUGAUUUGUAAAUGUUAUAAAAAUCUGUGAAAUAAAUGUUAUUAUAGUUGUAUUUA